AUGUCUGGGAAGAUACAGCUUCAGAGACAUGUAGAUCUAACAUCCGCGGUGAUGAUCAUUGUCGGAGCGAUUGUGGGUAGCGGAAUUUAUAUUUCACCAAAAGGAAUUCUGGAGCAUGCAGGAACGAGCGGCUAUGCAGUUAUUCUCUGGAUCCUCUCCGGCCUCGUCGCCUCCAUGGGAGCCCUCUGCUACGCCGAAGUCGGAGCCCUGAUUCCAAAGUCUGGCGGCGAGUAUCCAGUCAUUUUCGAAGCUUACGGACCAAUCUGUGGCUUCACAUUCGCCUGGACCUGCACAACGAUCAUCAGACCUGCUUCGCUGGCGAUUUUUACUUCGGCCUUUGCGCAGCUCACAAAGACCUUUGGCUACAUCAAAAUCGCCUCUCUCGUCGUGAUCAUCCUUCUCGGUUUUUAUGGGCUAAUUAUUGGCAAAGGCGAUUUAUCAAUUUGGCAAGCGCACAGGGCUUUUUACAAAAACGGCGAGUCCGCUUUUCCGGAAAUAUCACACAUCGGCCUUGGACUCUACCACGGGCUCUGGUCGUACGACGGGUGGAAUCAACUCAAUUAUGUUGUGGAAGAAAUCAAGCAGCCGGAGACGAAUUUGUUGAAAGCGAUUGUGAUCAGUUUGUGUUCUAUUACUGGGUUUUACUUGUUGAUCAAUUUUAUGUAUAUUUCGAUCUUGGGAGUGGAGAAUAUUUUGACUUCGCCGGCUGUGGCGACCAGUUAUGCGCAGCAGAUUUUUCCGCAAAUCGGUUUUAUUGUUCCAAUUAUGGUUGCUUGUUCCUGCCUCGGUGCUGCUCUUGUUCAGGGAAUGACCGCCGCUAGAAUCCCCUAUUCCGCCGCGCGCGAAGGGCAAAUGCCUGUUUUUCUGUCGAUGAUUCACAUUGAUUUUCUGACUCCUGCGCCUGCUGUUAUGUUGAAUGGAAUUCUCGCGUCUCUUCUUUUGUUGUCUGGAGAUAUCAACUCGCUCAUCAAUUAUUUUAGCUUUUGCAUGUGGAUUUUUCAUACCUCGACUUGUUUCGCGAUUUUUAUUUUCCGCAAAACCCAUCCGAUCGACAAAGUCGGUCGCUCAUUCGCCGUGCCCCUCUUCAUCCCUGCCAUCAUCGCUCUCAUUGGCUCAUAUUUGGUUCUCGCCCCCUUUAUCAACAUUUUGCAAACUGGUGAAAGCUUGGACUUGGGUUAUCUCUUCGUUGUCUGCUGGAUUGCAUUUGGAGUUGGGCUGUUUGUGAUUCUGCGAAAAUCAAAGAAUUUUAAAAUUGUUGCUUUGUUGACGAAAAAGAUGCAGAUUUUAUUGAAAGUUGUUGCUCCUGACUGA